AUGAAGCAAUGGCAGCCGGCUCUGUGCUUCGUUGUGAUGCAGAUGAUGCUGGCAAACUCCAUAAUUACCACCACAUCAAUACCAAAACCGCAAAAAUUUGGACAAAUACUAAAACCAUCUUUACUAAGCCCUGCACUGAAUUGGAAUGGACGGACUAAAUCAAGCGCAAAAGAAAAUUCAACAAAAGAUAUGGGUGAACAAACCGGAUCCAGUGAAACGACAUCAACACCGAGAACUAUGUUAAUACCAGUUUAUGACCGUUUACAAUCUACUAAAAGAAUAAUUCAGCCUUACAAAACACAGUUUUAUCUCGAAACAAUUGACAUGAGCCCAAAAAAACCAGAGCCCAUUACUAAACUCUCCACAAAGGCUAAUGGCAUCGCUGCUGAUGCACUUUUGAGUGCUGAACUUGAUUUAACUAAAGUUACUUCGAGUAAAAUCACAAGUUUGAAAACAUUGCAAACACAAACUCGCACUAGUGUUAUGUGUGUGAAUUAUGGUCAUUAUGAUCAAAAAGAAAGUUUUCAUUUCGAUGGCUUUCAUCCAUCGAUGCAUCAUCCAUCAAUGCAUCAUCCACCUUCAUUUCAGGACAGUUACUCUGAAAUGCCUGAGAUGAUGCAUCCAAUACAGCACGCCGCUCUUCCGCGAGGUCUAAAAGCUUACCCAUUGCCACUAGAAGGCUCUGAUCACGAGCUUCAGUUAAACGUCACCUGGCUGCCUAAUAUAGGACCACCGGUAUCGGACUAUUCACUGGAGGUGCGUAGCGUCACCGACACCGUAGAUUGCAUGACGCCAUUGUGCUACGAAUACAACAUUCCAGGGAACUCACUGUGGUGGGUUGUUCCACCUUACCCUAGUCCCGUAGCAGAAAGCUGCGCGGUGAGACCCGGCUGUGAAUACGUCGUUCGGCUGAUUGCUCACCCGUGGGACGGACACACCUCAGCCAAUCUGAACGUCCAGUUAGAUGAGUGUGUGGCGGGCGUUUGUUCGUGCGCGCACGCUCCGCGCCUGCCGACGCCCCGCGUCGCCGCCCGCGCUGUGUCGGUCCACGGGGAACUCUUCGUGAACGUCACCUGGGACUUGCCCCCGCCUCCGUUUCCGUACAGACUUCCGUCUGGCCUUAAGAAACAAUAUUUUUUCGUCAGUCUCGGCAAGCAAAUGGUCUCCGAUGCACAUCCGUCGCCAUGGUUUGCCCACUCUACUUCACGGAGAGUAGACAUCGACACCCCGGUGACAGUUCCGGAAGAGCCUCGAUGGAUAUUGCUCCCCACUGUCGAGCGGAGCGGGGAGCGGGGCGGGGGGCGAAGUGCUGGACGCCAGCAAAGUAUUAUGCUUGACGUUAAAUUACUUGCAAGAGUCAAUUUAAUCGACGAGCGUGGAUGUGUUGGACCGGCUGGAAACGCUACCGCUUAUGAUCCUACUGAAGCCAAAAAAAUCACCUACACAAGUUACGCAAUUUGGGCGAUAUUAGGUGGUGUUUUUGUGCUGGCGAUGAUAACGUUAUUGGCUGUGAGCGCACGCAUAGUCAAGCGGGUGUUAAACAUUUUCCGCCCCGCUCCCGCUGCCGCUUCGCUUGAGCCACUGCGUAACAACCCGAUCUGGUUCCCACUUUCCAGGUGA